AUGAAUUCAAUCAUCCUAUUUAUUAGUCUUGCAUCAAUAUCAAUUGCUUAUUGUACAUACAAUCCCAUUCCUAUCGGUUCUCUCAUUGUUUCAACCACACACACAGUAUCCGUCAUGCAGCCAUAUGAACUUGGUGGGAAAGAUAAAUUAACAAUCAUCUUUACAGCUCUGAAGAAUACGACUAUUAUAUAUACAAUAUUCGACUCAGUUGAGCGUAAUCUUUACGUACUUUAUACCAAUAUCUCAAGUAAUAUUAGUUACAUCGGUCAAUUAUUGUCCAUGGAGAAACUAAGUUCGACCGUUUAUCAACUACCUGUUUCAUUCAAUACAUUCGACGCUAGUCUAUUAACGUCAUUUUCAUCGGACAGUGAUAAUAAACGUGCUUUUUAUACGGAUCAAAAUGGUACUGUAACAAUGUUUUCCAUGAGUGGAACAAUGAGAAUCAUUCUUUAUAAUCCACCAACAAUCACAUCUCCAAUACGACAAGUCAGUUACAGUCCGAAGUUCAAUCGUUUAUUUGUUAUUACAGAUACAACAUUCGAUAGUUGCACCGAUCUGGACAGGAAUGCUAUUUCCUGUGAGUCAGCAGCAGCUAGGGGUGAAAGAUUUCGUACGAUUGCAUUCGAUCCGUCAUCAAAUGCUCCAUAUGUUUAUGUUAUUGAUGAACGUACGGGUAUUUAUCAAGUUGCUUUACACAAUAAUACAUAUAUUCCGUAUGCUAUACGUCCGAUUAAUACCAUGGGUUCUUAUAAAAACCGUCAUUUGGCUAUUUAUCAGAAUACCUAUUUUUGCUCGGGAAGCGUAGAGGAUUCUAAUUAUUAUUCGACAUUAAUUAUCGGUAAAGGUUCACAAACGCCACGUACGGUAUCAUUUGAUGUGCCGAUUGUUGCAUUGCAUCUAUCGAGUCUUAAUUCAAAAUCAGUAGCCGAAGAUGAAGAAACAUGUUUUCAUGGAAUUACGUAUCAUGAUUAUCGCAUUGCUGUCGUACUUGCUGCUAUAUUUGGUACCAUCAUGGGUAUCUUCAUGUGCUUCAAUGCAUUGUUUUGUAUUGAUUUCUUUAUGACAAAACGUAUAAUUACUGAUUUGAAGAAGCAAAUCCCGCAUAAUUUGUUAGAAGAUCGUUGGAAUAGAUUAGUCAACGAGAAGUACGCAAAACUGGCACUUGAACUUCAUCGAAAGAAAGAUGAUCCACCAGCUAAACGUACGUCAUCUGCCGCUGCACGAAAGGUUCUCACGAGUGAACAUGUUCAAAUCACAAAUGGCGAUAAUACUUAUCAGAUACCAAAUCCAAUCCCACGAAUUUCGACCUAUCUGCGACGAAAAAGUGAAAGUCAUCUGGGUCGUCGUCGGCAAAGUGCAGAAAAUCGAACAUCGUCCAGAUCGAAAGAACGUCGUUCAGUGGCAUUAACGAAACCGAUGCCAAAAUCGAUCGUACCCCAAGUUCAUAUUGAAGACGAGAAUCAACAACAACAACAGCAGCGAGAAAAUGUUAAUCAUGAUGAUUUAGUAAAAAAUUUAUAUGAGUUGGCACAAGUGAAAUCUAUCAUGGAGAAUCCACUGGAUAUAGUAGCGAAAAUUCAAGCUAAUUUAGAGCAAGCAAUCGAACGAAAAAAGCCGCGAGAACAAACGAUCAAAUUCGAACUAGACGGACAGAAACGUGCUUGUUGUUUAGUGAAGCCAUUCACUUAUUUGGAAUUGUUAGAAUCGAUAAAGAGUUUAUUUGGUAGUCAAGUUUUUUCGUCAUUGGACAGUAUUCGGUGUGUUUUCUCACGUGGUGACGCUCUACGUUUACCAAUCGAAAAUGAUGAUGACAUAAACAAAAAAGAUUUUUCUGGACCGAGAAUAACAGCUGCAAAAACAUCGAAUGAUGAUUCGAUUAGUACCUCUGAUGAUGGCCAUCAAGCUGAUCUAGAUGAUGGAAGUAUCGAUUCACCACCACCUGGUACCGUUGCGUCCUAUAAACGACGCACCACAACGAAUACGAGUACUAAAUCAACAACAUCGAAUGACGGUGGUUUGUUCAUACCUGAAUUAAGUGAUGAAAUCUAUUCAAGUGGUGGAUCAUCAAUAGCAAGUCGAGAGUCAAGUAGUAGUGAAACCAGUGCACGAAAGCGUUUAACAGCUGGCCAGCCACUUAAACGUACAGGAACCGGAUCGACGUUGAGUGGCAGCAGUGCAUUAAGUUCAAGUAGUAAUUCAUCUCAUACAAGCUCGAGUUCGAGUGAAUCAUGUGCAAGACAAUGUUCGUGUUCGGGUUAUCAUUACAGAUCGCCACAAACCCCUUCCAAUUGGAAAUUAGGACGACAAUUAGGACAAGGUGCUUUUGGUAAAGUUUUUCUCUGCUAUGAUGUUGAUACUGGUAGUGAACUAGCCAUUAAACAAAUUCUCAUCCGUGGACUGGAUUCUGAAACUUCUCGAGAAGUGAAAAUUCUCGAAUGUGAAAUCAAUCUUUUCAAACAAUUAAAUCAUGAACGCAUUGUCCGAUACCAUGGUGCAGCACGAACCAGUGAAUAUUUACAAAUUUUUAUGGAGUAUAUGACUGGUGGUUCAGUGCGCGAACAAAUUCUCAACUAUGGCGCAUUGACCGAACAAUUAACAAGAAAAUAUACAAGACAAAUCGUCGACGGUUUGAAUUAUUUACAUAAAAAUCGUUUUGUUCAUCGAGAUAUCAAAUGCGCAAAUAUUCUACGGGAUAUUUCAGGUAAUAUAAAACUAGGUGAUUUUGGGACAUCAAGACGGUUGAUUGCAAUUACGAAUCAAAAUCAACCUGAUUCGGGUACCAUCGGUACUGCUCAUUGGACUGCGCCUGAAAUAAUCCAAGGAAGUAUAUUUGGACGUAAAGCUGAUAUCUGGAGUCUUGGUUGUACCGUUGUCGAAAUGUUGACUACUGGUCCUCCAUGGCAAAAUCUUCAACCCAUAGCUGCAAUAUUUCACAUUGCUACAUGCGAUAAACCACAAUACGACUUACCCGAAAAUGUAUCUAAACAUGCACGAGAAUUUAUUGAUGCAUGUUUUACGAAAGAUUAUCAUCAACGUCCGACUGCUGAAGAACUUUUUGACCACGUAUUUCUAGCAGAUACUCAUACUCAUAACAACUCACAUAAUCAACCGUCUCCAAAUCCAACGAUGAAUCUGACUUCGAUAUCAUUUUAA